UAUUAAAAGAUUUAGGUAAGUGGACUUUCACGCCUCACUUCAGGUUCACGCCGCGCCUCUAUCAUCUCUCGACUCACCCUCUCGUCCCAUCCCACCUUCACGCCGUCGCCGGCGUCCAUCUCCGAUCGUCUCUCCCUCUCAGCUCAUCUCCGCUCGCGCUCGGCUCUCCCUCUCAGUCUACCAUCUUCCCUUGUUAGUGAUUAUUUAUCUUAGCCAGAGGGUCGAGAGUGAGGUCGGAUCGAUCACGAGAAGAAAGCGCCAACGAAUCUGAAUUAGGCGGGAGAGGUUAGCAGAAGCGUAAAAGGAUAAGCGUUUUUUAUUUAUUCUUUUGAGUAGGCUCCGAAGGAGGAGUCUUGGAAUACUUGCAACGCACCGAUAUCCUGUUUUUCCAUAGUUUGCACAAUGACCAGCACUGAGGCAGGAAUGGGUCAGUCUGCAGAACCGAAGAAGAUUUCCUCUGCCAGCAAUGCAACUCGGGCAUCUCCAUCCAUGUUUAGAAGAUGGGGAAGAAGACACCCAUUUAUCAGAUAUGGACUUCCAAUGAUCUCUCUCACUGUGCUUGGCGCGGUUGGUCUUGGUCAUCUCUUGCAAGGAAGUAAAGAUAUUGCAAAGGUAAAAGAUGAUCAAGAAUGGGAGAUCACUGAGAUGAGAGAAGCCCUAUCAAGAACAGGACCUAUUGAUGCGUAUAAGCCGAAAAAUAUAUCACUAGAAGAAGAACUAAGGGCUUUACAACAAAAGGUAGACAUUAACAACUAUGAGUACAAGAGAAUUCCAAAGCCCACUGACCGAACAUCUUAAACAUUUUGCUCUUCUUACUCAGCAGGCAGGUAUUUAGUUUCCCCACUUGUGAUGCAAAUCUUGAUUUAACUUUCAAAGAUAAUAUUUGGAAUCAAUGCCAACUGCCAAAGCUAGGUCAAAUUCCUUUUGAAAAUUAUGCCAAUAAAUAAACAUCCUUUUCAAAUCUCAGCAGAAUGCUUCCUUUUUACU